AUGGAUGGAGGCCGUGCUGUGCAAGGUUGGAGAUCUUUGUGUUCUAUGAAUAUUGACGAGAACGCGAUCAGACUUGUGAGAGCGGCCAGUAGAUGGCCCCAGUGGUUCAGGAAGUAUUUGAGAGCAAAUACGGACGGCACCAGUAGCCACGAAACGAAGGUGACUCUGUUGAACACUCCAAGAGCCACCAAAAGGCCCAGGACGAACGAUUUGGCGACCGAGCUUCUGUUGUUCCGCAUGCCGUCGACGAUGACGACGGUCGGCAGCAGAAGCGUUGUUUCCAAGCUGUUUGAGAACGUGUGUGAUUGGUAG